AUGGCAAAGUUUGUGAGUCUUGAGUUAAUAAAAUCCAUACAAGCUGCUUUGCAGAACUAUGAUACGCAGCUGCAGGAGAUCAAUCAAAAGAUAUGGUCAAACCCCGAACUUGCCUACGACGAACACAAAGCGCAUGAGAACAUAUGCAGCUUAUUCGAUAAUCUAUCCAAGGGUUACAAUGUACGUCGCAAGACAUACGGCCUAAACACAUCAUUUGAAAUUGAGUACAAACAUGGAGAUGGCGGGAGAAUUGUUGUCUUCAAUGCUGAAUACGAUGCCCUUCCUGGCGUUGGCCACGCCUGUGGACACAAUCUGAUCGCAACUGCCUCUAUUUCCGCCUUUAUCGCUACCGUCGAGACAAUGAAAACCAGAUUCCUGGACAACCAGGGAUACACCAUCCGAUUAUUGGGAACUCCUGCUGAAGAAGGAGGUGGUGGAAAACUGAAAUUGCUAGAUGCAGGAGCAUAUAGUGAUGUUGAUGCUUGUUUAAUGGUUCAUCCAGUGACCCUUGGCCACAACGAUGGCUCCGUGCAGGGCGUCCAAAUUGCAGGACCGGAAGGACUUCUAGCUAACAACAAAAUUAGAGUGAGGUAUAGCGGUGCCACUGCACAUGCUGCAGGUGCUCCAUGGGAAGGAGUGAACGCCCUGGACGCAGUAGUAUCUUCUUAUGUGAAUAUCUCGAUGCUGCGGCAGCAGAUCUUACCGACACAGCGAGUCCAUGGUAUUAUAUCAAAUGGAGGCGAUCGGCCAAAUGUUAUUCCAAAUACAGCAACUCUAGAAUACUACAUUCGGUCACCAGACACGAAAACGUUGAAAGCCCUAACCGAUAAAGUUUUGAAUUGCUUUAAAGGGGCGGCUCAGGCUACGGGGUGCAAAGUAGAGUAUGAAUGGAUUAAUAGCUAUAUGGAACUUAAAAAUAACAAGUCGAUUUGCGAAACCUAUGUCGCGACGCUGCAGGCUAUAGGCCAAGAGUGCGCGCUGGAUGAUCGUGGAUUGAAGGGAUCCCUGGAUGGUGCUUCCACUGAUAUGGGAAACGUCAUGCACUCUGUUCCCGGUUUCCAUGCCCUCUUCCCCAUUCCGACUGAGGGGGGAGCCGGUAACCAUACACGCGGUUUCACGUCUGGCGCAGGAUCAGCUGAAGGGUAUAAACGAAGCAUCGUGUGCGCUACUGGAAUGACCGUAGUAGCAUGUCGAAUUUUGGCAGACGAUAAAUUCGCAAAAUGUGUGCAAAACGACUUUGGACAGGCAUAA